AUGAGUAUCUGGAACGUACCCUUGGGAGCCAAGUACUUCUCCUACUUCAUCUCGUACGUCUGCUUGGGUACCGCACCCCUCAUAUUUGCUUGGGUUAGCGAUUUGAUACCUCAUGAUCCGGAACAACGAGCUCUAGUGGUCGGUGUCGCGAUUGCGAUUUACUAUGCGAUUUCCGCAUGGUCUCAAGUCCUCGUUUGGCCAGCUGUUCAAGCACCUCACUAUAAAUACGGAUGGCAGACGAGUAUUGCGCUUUGGGUUUUGGUUAUAAUCAUGACGUUCAUGUUGAGGUGGAUCGAUGUGAAGGAAUUGUUCCCCAAGCAUACGGACUGGCGGAAUGUAAAACAAGAUGACGUUGAAGGUUUAGGUUUGGCUACACCACCACUCGCAAAGUGA